CGUUAUUCUAGCUUAAAAAGUAACGAAGAUAUCAAUGUGUGUUUUUGAGGUCGUACCGGAUUUUCUCGUGUACGUUUUUGCAAUACGCAUCUGACGUCAUAUGACGCUAGUGUCCUUAACGUGUUUGAUUUUGGGGUAUAAUAGUAUGAGUUCAUUGUAAAUGCACCCUAACUCCAGCUGUGAUAACGUCAACGUCAUAACCUCAAACGUCAACCAUUUGUUUUCAUUUUUGGGUCUGCUUACUUAGAAUUAAAAACAUGGAUAAUUCACUUACGAAUUUCGAGCUCAGUGAAAGUACGGUGAAAAUAGGAACAGACUCCGAGAGUGGAUCGGAUAAAAGUGAGGCUAUUGAGAUUGUUGGUUAUGGAGAUGAGGAGUUAAAUAGUAGCAAGAAAUCUUCAGAAGAAGACUUUGACAAUAAUCUUCCUGACACAGUCACAAUAUUAACGCAUAAAGAAACAGGGGCCAAACUUUACUUAAUAGGAACUGCUCAUUUUAGUAAGAAAUCUCAAGAGGAUGUAGAAUUGGUUAUAAGAAAUGCGCAACCGAAUAUAGUUGUGGUAGAAUUAUGUGGUCAAAGAACCAGCAUACUAGAACUAGAUGAGGAAACUAUCUUGAAAGAAGCCAAGAAUAUAGAUGCGGCGAAAAUUAUAGCGACUAUGAAAGCGGAUGGAGCCGUUAACGGUUUAUUGUAUAUUUUGUUACUAAGCAUGAGUGCACAUAUAACGAAAGAAAUUGGUAUGGCACCCGGAGGAGAAUUUAGAGUCGCUAGCCAAGAGGCAGCUAAAAUUCCAAACUGUUAUGUCCACUUAGGGGACCGACCCAUUGGAAUAACGAUAAGACGCGCCCUCAGUAGACUAAGUUGGUGGCAAACGGUAAAGUUUGCAUGGCAUUUGUUGACCUGUAAAGAUCCUAUAAGCGCCGAGGAAAUUGAAAAAUGCAAAAACCGCGAUAUGCUGGAGCAAUUACUAGCUGAAUUGGCCGGCGAAUUUCCGGGAUUCAAGGAGGUGUUCCUGGUCGAACGCGAUAUUUAUUUGACCAGUUCCUUGCAAGCGGCCGCCAGGAUGAGGCCUCCCGGUGAUCCGGAGAAGCCUUUGACGAUUGUGGGAGUGGUGGGUAUCGGUCACAUGCCCGGCAUAAUAAAACUGUGGCCGGAGGAGCAACGACGGUUCAUUCCGGGGAUCAUGGUCGUACCCCCGCCUACGAUGACGUCGAAAAUCGUGAAGUUCAGCUUUAAAUUGUCGCUGUUCGGUUUGGGUGUGUACGUGAUUUAUAGAUACGUGCCGGUUCCGAAGGUUCUCAGGGAAAACGCAAUGCUUCAAAGUGUCGUGAGUAACGUCAAAGACAACUUGUCAAGUCUUUUAUGAGUUUUUCCAUGUAAUUUUAAGAUUGGUACAUAACUUUUAUUGUUUCAUAUGAUUGGUGUCGGCUGGUGUUACAUAUAAGAUCAAGAUUAUUAUAAUAUAUUAUUUUUUUAUAUAGGGGGGUUUUAGAUUUGUAACUUAAAGGCAUUUUAAUAAUGUAGUACAUGGCUAUUUUUGAUAACUCUUUGGUCUACCUUUUACUAGUUUUAUUCCUAUAGUUAUUUUAUCUGUUGAGAUUUUAGCAAGCUCAAAUUAUUGUUGAUAUUUUUAAUAUAAAACAUUUUUAUUUGC